AUGAGACAGCUUGAGUUGAAGUUGCCCUUCAUCGACGCCUUGAUGCUCAUUCCACCUUAUCAGAAAUUUCUGAAGGAUGCUGUUCAGCAAAGAACCAGGGAAGCACAAGGGAUGGUAGUGUUGACUCGCGAGUGCAGUGCAAUCAUUCAGCGGAAGGUCAUCUCCGACAAAAAGGAAGAUCCGGGGAGUUUCACUUUGCCCUGCAUGUUGGGACCCCUAUCUUUCAAAAACAGUCUCUGCGAUCUAGGAUCAUCUGUCAGCCUCAUGCCUUUGUCUGUAGCAAAGAGACUGGGAUAUCACAAGUACCAAGCCUGCGGAAUCUCACUAGUCUUGGCAGAUAGAUCGAUAAGGUUACCAACUGGGAUGCUUGAAGACCUGCCUUUGAGGAUAGGGAAUGUGGAGAAUCCCCACAGACUUCAUUGUGCUUGA